ACGCAACAAUAUCAGCAUGUUCCCCUAGUAAACAAUAGUCCUGGGAUACCCCGAUCCCUUAAAACAGGACGUGAUCUCUUGCUUUACUUCGCCCUUUCUCACACACAUCCCCACACAUGCAUUCACCCCCUGUAACAUCACAUCCAUCCUCGUCCUUUUCACCAAGACCCUUCCCUCCUCCAUCACUCAACGAUGUCCCUCAUGAAUAUAUCGUCGACCAACUGAGGAGUCUAGCCUCCCACUACUGGGAUAGACCACAGACCGCUGAUUGUACCAUCAUCGUACCUGUUCCACAUCAUCGAUCACGUCCGGUACAUGACUCCCCAACCACUUCGUCAGACUCUUCACCAGAGCCCUCACCAGACGCUGCUCGACGGGCAACAGAGCCUGCUAUCCAUGCCGCGCCUCGAAUGAAACUAAGAUUGCAUAUGGACUACCUCUCUUCCCAUUCAACGUUGCUCCGAGGUCUCUUCAACGGUGCCUCACCCGUUGAUCUCAUCCACACUGGCGCCACACAACCUCGACAUCCUCCUCUGCAUGUUCCAGAAAGCCGUCUUCCUUCUCUUCUCCCUUCUCCAGCUUCACACCCCACUCUCUUUCUCCCCGUACCCGAUCCAUCUUCCAUUCAUCUCAUUUUCCACUGGAUGUACUUUGGUCAGACAACUCUCAUGGAAGAUUGUCUAAAUCGGGGUGUUGUCCACUGGGAGGGGAUUGCGCGCAACGUGGAGUACUUGGGACUUCCCACAGACAUCAAAGUGUUCCUGGGGCGGUGGUACAGCAAUUGGCUUCUUCCGGCGCGCAGUCACCCCGGCUGUGCACCCUGUUCGCCCACAGAUGAUGAAGAUUCUGAUAUUGAGCUGGAACUGGAUGACGAUGACGAAACAGAUGACGACGAUUCCUCAACUAGCAGCUCAUACGAGGAUGUAGAUGCUAUCGCAGAGUUCGAGCGAGGCCGAACACGGACAAUCCGCCCCUUGGCGCGUCUAUGCGGGAAGUUACAGAUGUGUGGAGCAUGACAGGCAUUUGACAUCUUUA